AUGAACCGGUUGAAACAGAUGGGCAAGAUCCAGAGGCGACUGGAGGAGGUCAAGAACUGGUCAUCCCGACUGGCCAAAGCAGAUUUUAGCCACAACGAGAGUGUGCGGCUGGCCACCGAUGCCCUCUUGGACGGCGGAGUCCAGUCCUACUUCAAGGCCUUGGAGGAAGAAGGAGAAGUGGACUUCUUGUCUUCGGAGGAAGCGCACUACAUCGAGAGGAAUGCCAAGGAACCUUACUAUGCCAACGACACUCACGCCGACGGAGAAGCCGGGCCAAGGCAGGCGAACGAUGCCAGGUCCGUACAAUCAGGGACAUAUUUCCCGCUCGUUUCAGAGGGCAGUGAGCCGGCCCUUUUCCACACAUGGAGCACGACAGAAAAGCCCUACCUGAAGGAGAAGUCGAGCGCCACGGUGUAUUUCCAAACCAACAAGAACAGCAAUAUCAGAGACCUCAUACGCCGGUGCAUUAACAAGACCAGCCAGGUAUUGGCUAUUUUGAUGGACGUGUUCAGCGAUGCCGAGAUAUUCUGCGAUGUCUUAGAAGCCGCGAACAAGAGAAAGGUCUUCGUCUACCUGCUGCUGGACCACAGCAACCUCCAGCUCUUCACCGAGAUGUGCGACAAACUACAUGUCACAGAAGAUCACUUCAAGAAUAUUUCCGUGCGAAGCGUUACCGGAGAAGUUUAUUGUGCUAAAUCGGGCCGGAAAUUCUCAGGGCAAAUCCAAGAAAAAUUUAUCAUCUCAGACUGGAGAUAUGUUCUGUCUGGUUCAUACAGCUUCACAUGGCUAUGCGGCCAGGUCCAUCGCAACUUCCUCUCCAAGUUUACCGGCCAAGUGGUGGAGCUGUUUGACGAAGAGUUCCGGCACCUCUACGCCACGUCCAAGCCCGUGGCCGGGAUGAGGCCCCCACCGCACACCUCGCCCAUCUUGAUCGACGAGACCACAGUGGCUACUAAAGGCAGCCUCAGCGGUGGCAGCAACCAAAGAAGAACCCACACCCGGUCAGAUCUAUCCAGCGGCCCGUCGAUCCGCAGCUCCUCGCCCCCCAAGCAGCCUCCCGCAACUCCUGCUUACAAUGGUCAACCGCUUUCUCCUCCUCCACUCAACAGAGUCCACCCUUUCCAGGGCUACACCACGUUCAAGACAACCCCGCCGUCGAGCGGCGUCCAGGUCAACUACUACCAGCGGCAGUACAUCACCGAUUCGCCGGCGGUCCUUUAUAACAACAUGAACCUCUACAGGUCCUUGAGGACCUGGCCAGAGGAUGUCAACAGGGCUCAGCUGAACCCAGUCUGGAGGUGUCUUCACAAAGCAAACUUGAUUAGAUGA